GAGCGUAAAACAAGAUGGCGCCGUCUUAAGCAUUAAUUGAUGUGAAUGAGUUUAUCGACGUAAAAGUCUGCCUCUUUGGAGGCUCCGGGGUCGUGUUACUGCCUGUCUCGAACAGAAGCGUCUUCAUUAUCAUAUUAAAGGUGUUGUGGGCGUCGCUGAACGCCGCAGAAUAGCCGGUGGGUGGUGUUUCUUUCCUCCCUCUGCCCUCCGGUGACAGCCGGGGUGACGAGCCGCUGACAGGAUGGACAGUGGAGAGUACAUCCCCACCAUGGACAACAUGGACACGACUUUAGCGGAGUUAGGAGACGAAUUCACUCUGGGAGACAUCGACGAGAUGCUUCAGUUCGUCAGUAACCAGGUCGGGGACUUCCCAGACCUGUUUGAGGACCAGAUGGCCUCCGCUCAGAGCGGAGUCUCCACCAACACCAACCCCCGACCAACUCCUCAAACCCCUCAGACACCGACUCCAGCUACCUACCAGAACUCCAACAGCAGCCUCACCCCGUCCCAGACGCUCUCCCCCCAGUCUGUGCCCCUCACCCCUCCCCUCACUCCCGCACAGACCCCCUCCCCCACCACUGUGUCCACAGGGCAGCAGCAGGUGACCCGCACCCCGCCGCUCCUGCAGCCGAGGCCUCAGAUGGUGCAGCCCAUCCAGCCUCAGCCCCAACCGACAGCCCAGCCCACCAUCCAGAUGCACACCCAGGGGAUUCCAGUGCAGACUCAGAGCUUCCCAGGCCACACCCUGGUCCAGACCCACAGCCAGACGCCGCUGCCCAUCCAAACACAGGCGGCCCAGACUGUGAUGAUCACCUCCAAUGGUGGGCGAUUCAUCCAGAACCCUGUAAUCUGCCACCAGAGCCCUGCUCCUGGUUUUCAAGUCCUUCAACCACAAGUGCAGAGCAUUAUGACGUCACCACAGCUCCAACCAGUCACCAUUCAGCACCAGCGUGUCCUGACACCGAGUGGUCAGACCAUCCAGACUCUAUCCACAGCGCCCACUGCAGUCCAUACCGUGCAACAGCAGGUGCAACAAGUACCUGUUUUGGUGCAGCAGCCUCAGAUCUUGAAGACAGACUCACUCGUUCUUACGACACUCAAACCAGAUGGCACACAGGUGUUGUCGACGAUGCAGAGUCCCACAGGGAUCACCACCCUAACCACACCCAUCCAGAACACGGCUCUACAAGUACCGACGCUGAUGAGCAGCAACAUCCUGACCACCGUUCCCGUCAUGAUGGGCGGAGGAGACAAGCUGCCCAUCAAGCAGCUGCAGCCCGGCUCUUCCCACUGCACGAAUGGAGGCCGAGCGAGCGUGGAGCCAGCGCAGGUGAUUGGAGGAGUCGUCGGCCCGGGGGGAGUGGUGAAGGAAGGUGAGAGGAGGACGACCCACAACAUCAUCGAGAAGAGGUACCGCUCGUCCAUCAAUGACAAGAUCGUGGAGCUCAGAGACCUAGUCAUGGGUAAUGAUGCAAAGAUGCAUAAGUCGGGUGUCCUGAGGAAGGCCAUAGACUACAUCAAAUACCUACAGCAGGUGAACCACAAACUACGACAGGAGAACUUGGCUCUGAAGAUGGCGAACCAGAAGAACAAGCCGGUGAUUCUGUCUGAAGACGUGGAGCUCAAACAGGAAAUAGUAAUGAUGUCACCUCCAGCCUCGGACUCUGGAUCUGGUUCCCCUCCUCAGUUCUCGCCCUACUGUGUGGACUCAGAGCCAGGGAGCCCCUUACUGGAUCACGAACCACUGAAGAGUGAACCAGACUCGCCCUCUUCUGUCGGAGUGAUGGACGGUUCUCGUCUGCUUCUCUGUGCCCUGACCUUCUUCUGCCUGUCCUUAAACCCGCUGCCAUCUCUGUUGGACUCUGAGGAUUCAGGGAGCUCUGGCCUUUCUGCAGGACACGGAGCAUCUAGAUCCCUUGUCUCUGUUCCCCAUCACUCACAGGACUUUGCCUCCUGGCUGCGCUGCCUUCUUCCUUGGGUGAUGGUUUGGGUGCUGAGUGGAGUAGGAGCCGUGUGGGGCUGUGUCCGGGUCCUCUACCUGUGGGAGCCAGUCACACCGCUUCACUCACCGAAAUCUGUGUCGUUCUGGAGACAUCGCAAGCAAGCCGACCUGCAUCUCAACAGAGGUGAUUACACGGCAGCAUCAGCCAGUUUAGAAACCUGCCUGUCCAUCUUGACUCGAGCUUUUCCCUCCACUAACCUCGACCUGGUCUGCUCCCUGUGCUGGAACGUGAUUCGCUACUUCCUGCAUCGCCCAACUCCCCUGGGCUGGCUCGUUCAUCAAGUGAGGGGGAAGCACGAGGGGGAGGAGGCCAGGACGAGUGCGAGAGAUGCCGCGCUGGUUUACCACCGGCUGAGUCAGCUGCAGCUCACAGGAAAGCUUCCUCAGCGUAGCAGUCUGUGGGCUCUGUCUCUGUCUCUGAGCGCUGUAAACCUCAGCGAGAGUGCCCAAGGCAAGCUGCCCGCUGCCCAGCUCACUGAGAUCUAUAUCACUGCAGCGACAGCCCUGCGCACCAUCCUGGGCCACCACCUCACCUGCUUACCUGGUUAUCUGCUGAGCUGUGCGGAGAGCGUGGCCAACCAAUCAGAGACCAAGCAGAUCCCUGACUGCCUGCGCUGGCUCUUCACACCUUUGGGUCGGCAGUUCUUUCUGAGCUGUGAUUGGUCAGUGAAGUCAGAAAGCACUGUGGGGGUGUUCACCUCUGAGAGAGACCCAGGUACGCCCAGGAUUUCCGACCCCAUCGCUCAGCUUCAUCGCUGUUUCUGCAGGAAGCUUCUAGAGAGAGCCGUUCACACACUCAUCCAGCCGCAGAGCGACUCUGAAGGAGGCAAACACAAGAACGACUCAGGGGAGUUUUCCAGCGCCCUGGAGUUCCUCCAGUUAUUGAACAGCUGCACAGAGGACUCUCCCUCCACUCCUCCUCCCUUCUCAGCUCCUCCCAGUCACACCACCACCCCAGUUGGAGACCCAGUGAGCCGUUGGUGGGCUUUGGUCCUGAAGGCUGCAGUUCAUUGGCUGCAGGGUAAUGAUGUCACAGUGAAGUCACUGUUGGCAGAAGCUGAGCGGAUGCCGAGGGCCUUGCACACAUUUGACCACCCUCUCCCUAAGGCGGUGCUGCUGCUCUGUAAAGCCGUUCAGAUGAGUCUCUCCCCCCUGAAGGGUGAGGGGGCGGUUGCCUGCCUCUCUCACUGCGACAGAGCCAGCAGCUUCCUGUGCUCCAGCAUCGCGGUGCCCCUCGCCCCCUCUGGGAACAUGCUGAACAAGGGUGUGGAGCUACUGGUCUGUGACCUCCUGCUGACUUUGAGAACCAGUCUGUGGCAGCGGGGGAGCAACAGUAAUGGAGACCCGGGCCCUGCUCCAGGAUCUCAGCUGGCCGGUUUUCAGAGAGACCUGAGUGCUCUGCGGAAGCUCACACAGUGCUACAGACAGGCUCAGCACAAGGUGUUUCUUCAUGAGACCACAGUGAGGCUGAUGGCUGGAGCCAGUCCCACCAGGACCCACCAGCUGCUGGAGCACAACCUCCGACGCAGGACGCACAACUCCUACACAGCAGAGGGUGAGUGUAUCGUGGGUGAGAGAGAGAGGGCCCAUGCCAUCCUGCUGGCGUGUCGCCACCUGCCCCUCCCUCUGCUGACCCCGCCCGGGCACAGAGCACGACUCCUAGCUGAGGCCAAACGCACCCUGGAGCGCGUGGGAGACCGGCGAUCGCUGCAGGACUGUCAGCAGAUCCUGCUGCGGCUAAGCGGGGGCACGACCAUCGCUGCCUCCUGAACGCACACACAUUCAGACACACUGUUAUUAAGGCUUGUGAAAUUCUGCUAUCAUCAGUGAAGAAACAAACUACUCAUUCACUUUAUUCCACCUUCACUCAAACUGUUUAAGGACCAUGAGUUAUGAGACUUUCACGUUUACAGACAGCUCAUUUUACUGUCACAGCUCCAUAUCCACGGCUUCAGAAACUCUCUAUGGCUGCAGAUUUGCACCUUUAAUACUUACAUUAAUUAUUGCAGCACAAUCAUGCCACCUUCUGGUCAUUAAAGGAACCAUACUGGCUUAUUUAAACGAUAAUACUCAAUAAGGAAAAUCAGGGAAAAGGGACCAUUCUAUCCUAGCUGGUGAAGUUAAUGUGAUGCAGCAGUGCAUUGACUAGCUGUAGAUGUACAAUCAUUACUGGCACACAGCAGUGUGAGUGCUUCAAUAACUGUGUAUCGUCUCAUUUAACCUGCAAGCUUCCAUUAAAGGCCUCAGUGAAUUUAAGGUCUGCGAUGCAUGGCUGUGCUGAAGGAUGUAGACUGACACACAAGCUUAUUUUACCAACACAGCGCUGACGAGUGUCUCUUCUUAUCUACCUCAUACUCUGUACAAGUCUAGAACUGUACAGUGGAGAAAAAUUAGAAUAUUCAGACGCCCAUCAGUUGUCCUGAAACUGACGAGUUGAAGUGAUGCAUUGAUUCACAGCUACAUCCUUUUAAUGAAACGUCACUGAGCUGCUUUAUUUAGACUUUAGGACGUGGCAGGAAAGUUUUUUCGCUUGCUUUGCAGAAUUGUAAGAGUGACGGACAACUGCUGCUGGCAUGCUCACAAAAAAACUAGGAAACAAGUGGAUUUUGUAUGAUUUUAGUAAAUAAAACAUGAAAAAAACAGAGGAAAGCAGCCAAUCAGAAGCCUUUGAGCUUAUUAAUACCUACCUACACAAAUACUCACAUGCACAAUAGGGCUGUCACAACACCAGGAUUUUAAAGUUAGAGAGGAUAGUAGUAAAAAUCAAACAUCAGUUUCUGUUUAAGUACUAGGGUUGUCAAGUUUUCAGUACUUUUUUUUGAUGCUGACUGAUUCAAAAUGAUGCAAUCUAUGGUAUUUCAUUGAUCGAUAGAAUUGAAAAGUAUCUAAAUUUAAAGUAGAGUUGUAUUUUCUGCUGCAAGAGAGACCGUGAGGGAACUGCUGUGUCCCAAUUCAGGGUAUGCAGCCUUCAUACUUCAAGUAUGAUGUGAAUGAAUGUGUUUCUGUGGGCCAUGAGGGAUCUAUUUAGUGCAGCCUUCAUGACCCAACAUAUCCCAAGAUGCAGUGCGCCCAAAUCAACAACAUGGCAGUCUCUUAAAUGACCGAAUCAUGCAUUUUUUAAAGAUUUAUUCUUGGGCCUUUUUUGCCUUUGUUAAGAGAGGAUAGUGUCAAAAAUCAGGUUGAGAGAUGGUGAAUGACAUGUAGGAAAGGGGCCACAGGCCAGACUUAAAACCCAAGUUGCCUGCUUGGAAGACUAGUUUCAUUUUUUUUUCUUUGAAAACAUAUUUAAUGGACUCAUUAUGCCUCUUAUUCUUGAGAGAAAGACAGUGGAUUGUCAGAAACAGAGAUGAGAGUGGAGGAGAGAAAUGCAGGAAAGGAGCCACAGGCUGGCACAUAACAGCUAGGCCAUCAGUGCCCCACAGUAAUGCCGUUUCAGUUUAAGUAAUCAGUGUCUACUCCCUCAAAUACAGAGACUGUUGUCCUUGAGCCCUGGGAUCAAAUCCAGCUUGUGGCUGCUUUCCUGCAUGUCAUUCCUCACUCUUUCUUCAGUUUCUCAGUUUGCCUCCUAUCAAAAUAAAGGUGUAAAAGCCUAAAACAAAUCUUCAAAAUUCGAUAAAUGAAGGGGAAAAUGCUGGGCCUUUAGAAGGAUACUACUCCUGAAUUGGGACACAGCUACUGUCAAAUUUGCAGAUACACUCAAGACAGUCUGGCUGCUGACCGCCUCUAUCAGACACCUGUUUUAGAGACCACUGCUGUCAGACACCACUGUUGGGAGGGAAAUACAAGCGUAGACUUUCAAAAUAAAAUUGGAUCUAACUUCUGGAUAGGGUAAGGAUUAGGAUACCAAAAGUUCAAGUUUAAAAGCUAACCUGCAAACCUGAUUACAAUACCUGAUACAGUUGACUAAACAGUCUGCUUACAGAGAAAAAGCUUGUCACCCGUGAAAACACUUACAUGCAGCCUUCGUAGCUUAUGUAAGCUAACUUAGCUAAAGCUAACAUACCUACAUUGGCUUACAUUGUACAAUAACUACAUAGCUUGUGUAGCUACAUUGCUAAAGAUAAUUUUACAGGAAAUACUCUGUGGCAGCAAAUCAAGUAUCUUCAUCCUGUUGUGAAGUGGCGUCUCACAGAAUUGGUCUGCAAGAAGGGCAUCUGAGAGAGGCUGUCUGCAGCCAGACCCCUCCUAUACACUGGCAGUGACUACUUCUUUUGUGAUGUUGAUGAUGUGCAGGAAUUUUUUUCUGAAUUUAAUAUGAAGUAGAAACAAGAGAUUCCCCAAUAUUGAGUGUCAUAGACUUCUGUAUUUACUGCCAUGCUGUCAAGCUACUCCUGAAUUGGGACACAGCUAUUGUUUGAAUAGCAAAUGCAUGGAAUGUCUUUGUAUUACAUAUUUGUAUAAUCUAAACAGUUUAAGGAGCUUUUCUGCAGCUUUUGCGCAUGGAAAUCAAUAAAUUGCCAACUAUUAGGUGUCUGGGGCUUCAGCUUUUGUUUCUAUAGGAUUAAGUGGCUUUGCUUGGUUUGUACUAGAAUGAUAUCAAAGUUUAAAAAUAUGUUGUUGUGAGAACCUUAUAGGAUAUAAUGGCAACAAAAAUAGAGGUCCUCAUUAUCUAAUAUUGAGCAUUUUUUUAUUUUAAUGACCAAAAAUUGCAGACAAACUCCUGCACACUUUGUAAAUU